AUGGUUGUUGGACAGCCUCACUUUAUCCGCUGCAUUAAACCUAACGAUGAUCGAGAAGCACUGACAUUUUCUCAUGAGAGAGUUCUGCUGCAGCUACGAUAUACUGGAAUUCUGGAAACUGUCAAAAUACGUCAAAAAGGGUAUUCUCAUCGCAUCCUCUUUGAAGAGUUUGUGAAAAGGUAUUAUUACCUUGCAUUCAAGGCACAUGAGACUCCCCUUGGUAGCAGAGAAAACUGUCUUGCCAUUUUGGAGAAAUCUAAACUAGACAACUGGAUUCUUGGGAAAACCAAGGUUUUUCUAAGGUAUUACCAUAUAGAGCAGUUAAAUUUGUUCCUGCGAGAAGUUAUAGGGAGAGUGGUGGUCAUGCAAGCCUAUAUCAAGGGAUGGCUUGGAGCAAGGAGGUACAAGAAAGUCAAAGAGAAAAGAGAAAAUAGUGCUGUUACCAUACAGUCAGCCUGGAGAGGAUAUGAAGCUCGCAGGAAGUACAAGGAAAUAAGGAACAGAAGAACUGAUGCAGCUAUACAUAUUCAAGCAGACCCAGCUCUGCAGCCAGUUCCCUGGUGGCCAUUUAACCCACCAUCCCUCCCAGGUGUUGUGAAGGAACAUGACGGUUCAGAAAACUGUCUUGAACAGAAGCUGAGAACACCUCGUCGACGAUGUCAGCAGCCCAAAAUGCUGAAUAGCCCUGAGGACAACAUGUACUAUAACCAGUUAAAUGGAACUCUAGAAUAUCAAGGGAGCAAGAGGAAGCCAAGAAAACUUGGCCAAAUCAAAGUGCUGGAUGGAGAGGAUGAGUAUUACAAAUCAUUGUCAGCUGUUGAAUCUAUCCCUGAAGAUGACAGUUUUCUCAGUUCCCCAUCUCCUCCUUCUUCAAGAGGUGUGUCUUUUGCUCAAAGCUGAACCUCACUUACUCUAUUGACUAAUACUGGUAAGAGUAUUUUCCUGCUGGUGAUCUCUUCCAAUUAACUUUGUGCGUGUGUGUUUAUAUAAUAUAUUAAAAAAUACAAUUUCAGCUAGUAACUUUCUUUCACUAAUUAGGCCUGGUUUUGCAGCUGUAAAUUGUCCCAUUUAGCUGUAUUUCUAUAAGCAAUUCCAGUAAAGGGGAGCAGCGCUGCCUGUACAUGUUGAUGUUGGUAAUGGACACGUUUCUUUAGCAGCAAGGUUAGUUUAUACAGUUCCGACCACUUCUUCCCUGCUCCCCCUGGCUGCUGUUCCCACCCUGUGCCAUCCCUUCUGUUGUGCUGGCACAACUGCUGGUAGAGCUGUGUGAAAAAUAAGAUCAAGGAACUGAACUGGAUUAAAAGAACUCUGUACUAAAAAUUUUCAUUUGGGGUCAUAGUGAAAAUGUUUUGUAUUUCAUUAGACUGAUAUUAAACAUUAUCCUUUAUAACUUU